AUGAGGGGAUGUAUGUGCGGGGGUUGAUGUAUGUGCAGCCUGCAGACAUGGGGAUGACCUGGCCCUGCGAGAGGGCUGAAGCAGUUGGCUGCGUCGUGACGUCAUUGACGCGCGGCGUACAGGUGGCGCUGGGCGGGGAACCCGGAAGUGAGCGGUCGUCCGGAGCGGUGGCGGAGGUGGAGGCAGAGAGGAGCAGGAAGAACCUGGCUUUGUUGUCAGUUCGGCGCAAUGGGAUUUGUAUCCGGAGUUCAGCCUGGCCCUCAGUCGGGACUGAAGAAGUCUAGGCUCUGAUGUAGUAGGCAGUGUUGUGACGUCAUCAGCGUGCGGCGGCCCGGCGGCGGACAAUGAACUCGGAAGAGCGGGAGGAUUUGAGCUGCCGGCAAGAGGGUUGAUGGAAGUAGAGUCUGCAUAGAGUUGGAAAGUUUGUCUUAAUCAUCGUUUCGUAGGAGUGGGACGAUCGUCUCCUUGAGAGUUCACCGGAGGUGAGCAAACAUCCGGCUGAAGAUGUUUAUCGCUUGGAAAAGAGCCACGUCCGAGUGGGCCAUUGCAUGGAUGCGUGUGGAGCGUCUUCAUCCCAGCUGAUCAGAAGCGCGGUGUCUGGAGGAGAAGGGUUCCAUGCGGAUGUGGUGGUGAAGGAGAUAUCUCGUUGGUACUGCUGGAUCUAGUCGUGGGCGGUAUGUUGCCGAGGAACAUGGAUCACAGAGCACGGGCGGGAGGUGCCCACGGAGUGCGAGAGGAGCCCCAGUUUGUGACGGCCCGCGCAGGAGAGAACGUCAUCCUGGGAUGCGACGUGUCCCGCCCCCUGAACGGCCAGCCCUACGUGGUGGAGUGGUUCAAGUAUGGAAUGCCCAUCCCCUUCUUCAUCAACUUUCGCUUCUACCCUCCUCAUGUGGACCCGGAAUAUGCCGGCCGGGCCACUCUGCACGGCAAGUCCUCCCUGCGGAUAGAGAAUGUGCGUUCAGACGACCAGGGCUGGUAUGAGUGUAGGGUGCUGAUGCUGGAGCAGCAGUAUGACACCUUCCACAAUGGCAGCUGGGUGCAUCUAACCGUCAACGCUCCCCCCACAUUCUCGGAUACGCCACCUCAGUACGUAGAGGCCAAGGAAGGGGGUAGCAUCACUUUGACCUGCACGGCCUUCGGCAACCCCAAACCCUCUGUCAGCUGGCUGCGGGAAGGCAUCCUCAUGGUCAGCAGUGCCAAGUAUAAGGUGUCUGAUGGGAGUUUGACGGUGCUAUCCAUCACCCGGGAGGAUCGUGGGGCCUACACAUGUCGAGCCUUCAGCCCCCAAGGAGAGGCCAUUCACACCACACGGCUGCUAGUACAAGGCCCUCCGUUCAUUGUUUCACCACCAGGGAACAUUACAGUGAACAUCUCGCAGGACGCCUUCUUCACCUGCCAGGCGGAGGCCUACCCUCGUAACCUGACCUACACCUGGUUCUGGGAGGAGGAAAACGUCUUCUUCAAGAAUGACCUAAAGCGCAGAGUCAGUAUUCUCAUCGAUGGCUCCCUCAUCAUUGCCCAAGUCAAGCCAGAGGAUGCUGGGAAAUACACUUGUGCUCCUAGCAACAGCCUGGGCCAACCACCGACUGCCUCUGCCUACCUAACAGUGCAAUAUCCUGCCCGUGUGGUAAACAUGCCACCUGUCAUCUAUGUGGCUAUUGGUCUGCCCGGCUUCAUCCGCUGUCCUGUAGAUGCCAGCCCCCCUGUAACUCUGGUUAAGUGGAAGAAAGAUGGCGUCCCUCUCCGGAUAGAUAAGUACCCUGGUUGGAGCCAAAUGGACGAUGGGAGCAUCCGUGUGGCAGAGGUGACAGAGGACUCUCUCGGCACCUAUACCUGCAUGCCUUACAAUGCCCUGGGCUCCAUGGGAUGGUCCCCUCCCGCUCCCUUGGUGCUAAAGGACCCUCCCAAAUUCUCAGUGGUUCCUGGAGGGGAGUACAGACAGGAGGCUGGGAGAGAACUGGUCAUCCCCUGUGAGGCAGAGGGAGAUCCCUUUCCCAACAUCACAUGGAGGAAGGUAGGGAAGCCCAGUAAAAGCAAGCACAAUGUUCUGCCCCGAGGCAGCUUACAGUUCAAGUCACUCACAAAGGAGGACCACGGGGAGUGGGAGUGUGUCGCCACCAACGUUGCCACGAGCAUCACUGCCAGCACGCACGUCCAAGUCAUAGGCACAAGUCCCCACGCACCUACCAGCGUCCAUGUGGUGGCAUCCUCCACCUGGGCCAAUGUGUCCUGGGAGGCGAGCUAUGACGGAGGCUUCCAGCAGACAUUCUCAGUCUGGUACGGCCAUGUGCUGAAGAGGGAGCGUUUAGGUCCACAUGACUGGCUUUCCAUACCCGUGCCUGGAGGCCAAGACUGGAUGUUGGUGCCCAGCUUGGAGCCAGAGACAACAUACCAGUUCAGCGUCCUGGCCCAAAACAAGCUUGGCACAGGCCCCUUCAGCGAGGUUGUCACUGUGAACACACUAAUAUUUCCUAUAAGUACCCCUGAACCAUUGGUGCUGCUUACCCCACCACGGUGCCUCACAGCCAAUCGCACGCAGCAGGGAGUCCUGCUCACCUGGAUCCCGCCUGCCAAUCACACAGCACCUAUCCAGCAUUAUGUCAUGGAGUUUCGCCUGGGGGAACGAUGGGAGGUCUUGGACGACAGCAUUCCCGCUGGGGAGACGGAGCUGCUUGCCCGAGACCUCAUCCAGGAGGCUUGGUACGAGUUCCGCGUCAUGGCCGUCAUGGAUGAUGUGAUCAGUGAGCCUAGCAACGUUGUAGGAGUGUCCAGCACAGACGUCUUCCCUCCUCCAGAGAUGGUGGAGGAAGCCGGACUGGCGCGGCCGGUGGUGGCUGGCAUUGUGGCCACCAUCUGUUUCCUGGCAGCGGCCGUGCUGUUCAGUACGAUGGCUGCCUGCUUCGUCAACAAGCAGCGUCGGCGGAAGCUGAAGAGGAAAAAAGAUCCCCCUCUUUCCAUAACGCACCUCAGAAAAAGCAUGGAAACUCCGUCAUCUUCAGGAAAGGUGAGCCCAGAGAGCAUUCGUUCAAAGGCAUCCCCGUCAGAAUCAUCUGAAGAUAGUCAUGACCAGCGUGGGAAGAAACCACCCCCAAGUCCAGGGAAGAAGGAGGAAUUGUCUUUAUACAAGAAGACCAAAAGAGCAAUAACAAGCAAGAAGUACAGCAUCUCCAAGCAUGAAGCUGAAGCAACAACACCCAUUGAACUCAUCAGCCGAGGCCCAGAUGGACGCUUUGUUAUAGAUCCCACUGAUGCAGAAAUGUCUGUUAAGCCACGGCGAAUUGAGGGCUUCCCCUUUGUGGAAGAAUCAGACCUCUAUCCUGAAUUCCGACAGUCAGAUGAAGAGAAUGACGAUCCCAGGCCUCUGCCGCCAGUUAUGCCCCCCCUUCGGCCUCACCAGUUUUCCCCCAUCUCCAGUCAGGAAUCCUACCUGCAGCCUCCAGCCUACAGCCCUCGUUUCCAGAGGCCCUUCGAAGGUAUGACUAUCAUGGAGAGCAGUCGGCUCCAGGCCACAGGGCAGAUCCGAGGCUCUCUCCACCACAGGGCUUUCUAUGGCUAUCUAGGCCCCCCUGGGGAUCAUGAUCCCCCACCUCCUUUUUACAUGCCUGAUACCAGCCCACUCAGCUCUGUCAUGUCCUCCCCUCCAUACCUUGCUGAAGGUCCUUUUGGUCACCCCAUGAUUCCUGAAGAAAUGGGGGAGGGUGAUUUCCCACAAUAUGCUGUCUCUGGCUUUCCCCUUCCUCUGACACUCACUUCUUCCUCUCGUUCCCCGGAGAUUUGGCAGGGACUGGAUUUCACCUUUGCAGGUCUGGAGGGGCCCCAAUUCAUUUUUCCGCCACAUCACCCUUUGCAUCUCCGCCACGACUCCCCCUAUCCUCCCCCACCUCAUGUUCUUCCCCUUAGUGCUUUCCAGCCCUCCUCCCUCCCAAUGCCUACUUACCCAGCUGUCCUGCCACUGGAGGCCCCAAAGAGCCACUCAAGCAAGUCUCCCAGCAAGGCCAAGCCUCAUGGCUCCCCAGCCAAGCAUUUAGCUAUGCAAGAGGCACAUUUAGGGCAGCUAAGACACAGAAGCCACGGUAUGGGUGUGCCGGUUUUGCCUUACACCGAUCCAAUGGCCCAUAUUGUCCCUAGCACAUUCAGUAGCCUGGACACACGAUGGUUUGAAACCACCCCUCGUUUCAGUCCCAGACAGGCUCGUAGGAUGGAUUCUGGCAUGCAUCAGGUGGUUCUCCAGCCCUCUCGACUCUCACCCCUCACCCAAAGCCCCCUUAGUUCUCAUGAGGGCUCCCCAGAGAUUGUAGUACGUCCCAGGCCACGUCCCAGCAUUAUCCAACCUCCCAUACCCCCACAGAUGUCUGAGAUUACCCUCCUCCCUCCUUCCACAGCCAGCUUCUCAAGGAGAUCUUCCCCCUCCUCCUCACCUGCCCAAGGCCAGGGUAGCAGGAGAGCAAGUCCCAGCUACCGUUCCCACAUGGCCUUUGCCACCUCUGCAACCAGCUACCCAGCUUCCCAGUCCCCAUCACCCCCCAUGGAAAGCAGCAACAUAUUUGGGCAGAUGCCAUCUCAGAGGAGGACUGAGGAGGGGAUCCUUCCAUCUGAGCCCUCUCCAUCCCAGUUGUCAGCUUCAGGAAAACGUCGAGGUGCGCCGAGUGCCCUUUCGGGGUCUGAGAGGAUUGAUGCACUGAGAUACCAACGUAUUAAAAAGGCCAAGAAGAUGAUGAUGAACAACAAUAACUCCAAGACCAGAAAGAAAGCAGGUGUCUCCACCUCUCAGACCCAGCAGGCCUACACCUCUCAGGUACUCCAGCCCGAAGAAGCUCUCUACCUCCGCAAGAAGAAGAAACGGCCCAUCCUCCAUGACCCAUAUACUCGCUUUUCAGCUCUGCUGUACCGCCGCCCACCACGGGAGGACCAGAAGGCUAUUUUGGCUAGCAUGGACAACAUAGACCUAGACCAUGCCACCCUCCUCUGAAAGCCCAUGAGGACAAGGUCACAUACGUGCUACACACCCCCAUUCCAAAAUAACACUAGCUACAUCCCAGUUGGAAAAAAAAACAACACUAUCAACUAAAGAUGUUUGCAGUUUGUGAUCUUUAAAGGGGAAUAGCACUAAAUUUCAGCAUUCAGAUUGGUAUAUUCUGUAGCACAGCCCUUGGUCAGUUCAAUCUGCGUAAGUAAGCAUUCUGCCAUGUUGACAAUCUGUGAUGCCUACAAAUGAACUUCAAAGAACCAGAAAUAAGAUAAAUAUCCAAAAAAACAAUUUUUUUUUCAGUAAAAAAAGUACAGAUGGUCUCUAUUUACUGUGAGUAAUACAGCAGCAUUGGUAAAGUGACUGACAUCACAGAUUGAGGCUUUCCCUCUGAAAAUGUUUGUUUUUACAACUACUGAUUGGGAUGGCCAAAGGCCUAAGAAUGUCCUGCAUAUGCUUAAAUCAAGUAGUAUUCCCUUUAAAAAAAAUAUUGACUUCUAGCAAUUCAAAUCAGAGUUUUCCAAAGUUUUACUCCAGUGCAAAAAGAUAGUCAAAAAGAGGCAAUAUUUGAUUACCAACUCCCGUUUUUCCCAUUUUAUUUUAAAAUCCCAAUUUUCCUACUCCAGUAUUACCGUUUUAAUUUGAAAAGCUCCUCCAGGCUUGGGUCAUGUUUCUUGUGCUGAGCCAAUCCAAACCCCCGAAAAAGCCCUGCGGGUCUCCGUUUACAGCAGCACCUUCCACCAGAUCCUCUCCGCCAGCAACGUCUCUUAAUCUGCCGAGAAACUCGCCUCACAAAUAUGGCUGUUCUCACUUCCUACCAAGUAUACCUCAGAGCACAGGACACGAGACCACACAACCACCGGGAUCAGCCAGCAGAACAAACUAGCCUUUUUUUCAUCUUUUUAGUCAUUAUGCUCCGCUCACAUCUUUUGUAAUGAUGUGUUCUUGUUAUUCAUUCAUAUGCUGUAUGUACUUCUUUCAAGUUUGUUAGAUGAACAGACUUUGAGUUUGUUCCGUUUAUUUAUCUUUAGGAUGAUAAUUCUGUCACAAAAAAAUUCACAUUUUUCUGCUCUGUUGUAAAUGAUCAAGAUUUGGGCUUGUUGUUUAAGGAAUUUUCUGACAAACAGAAACACAACCCCGGACUACUUUACUUUCUUCUAUUGACUUUCACUAUAUGUAACUACUUAUUCAAUAGAUGUCAUUCAGCAGUGAAUCACAGGGUUUCACCAGGAGCUGAUGUUUGCAGCUCACACAAUCUUCUAACAAACCAUUAGGCACAAUGAACAAUGCUAAACUGAUUACAAACUUUUUCAAUCAGAUUACAUUAAGUGAGAAACGUGAAGAAAAUCAUUUGAUCCAAUAUGAAGUCGUUUAAUUGCUCCAAUUAACCGCUCAUCAACUCUGUCUUUAGCUUUUCAUUUCUUCGAACAGUUUGCACUGGAGCAAAAUCUUUCCAUUUAGUUCCAUACAUUUGUGUCCGUUCCUUUACAUCUUCUCCAGUUCUUCUACUUUAGGUAGUGUAGAGGGCUCCAAAUCCUAUUCAGAAAAAUACUAUAGUCAUGCCAAAAACAAUUCAAUUUAAAAAAAAAAAAACAUCCAUACAUAGUGGAGGAUAGGAUUGUGUGCCAUAGUAUAUGAUAGUAUUUUUUCCUACAUAUUAGAGGGCAUAGAGAACAAUGGCUUUGUUUGGCCUUAAUGGAGCUUCUGGUUGGUUGCCUGCUUCACUUGAGUCUAAUUUUUAUUUCUAAUUAUUUUUUUAUUUGCAAUUUGUGCACGCAUAUGUAGGUACCUGCCUCUUUUGUCCAUUUUCUAUUCAUAGCCUUUGUAUUUAGUCUCUUUAUGUGCUUGCCAUUUUAAAAAUGAAAAUGCUGAGCGCACAGCCAUCCUUUAAGAGACACAGUAUGUGGCAUUGAAGGCAAAUACAGUGAGCCAAAAGUUUAUGUUUACCUUUCUUUUGAAAGAUUCCAGUGAUUGAGUUGAUUAAAUUUGCCUGUCGAACUGAAAUGUGGAUACUAAGGCGCUAAAAUGAUUUAUUUAUUUAUUGGAUGAAUAGAGGAAGUGCCAUAACAUCAGAAACUAUAUCACAUGUUACACACGCUGUAGCUGCGUCAUAUUUUAGAGUCAGAGGAUGGGUGUAUGAUGUUACACUACAAGCUUUUGUUGCCGUUUUUUUUUUCAGUUUUGCUCAAAAGGUGCUCGGUUUCUUCAGAAGGUGUAUUCACUUGCAGCAUAUCUUGGGCUCAUAAUACAACAUGGAAGCAGUAUCCAUGCUCUGCUGACAUGUGUUUGGAGUGGUAUUGCUCAUAGGUAUGUUAAUUGGUAAUGUGCAGUUUUUAUGUAUUUAUUUAUUUAUUGAUGUAUUUUUUUUUUUUUUUUUGAUUGUGAUUUUGAGCAAAGACUCUGUCGCAGCUUCAACUCCAACAUAGUCUUCUGAAAUAAGCCACAUUUAAAGUGACUAAAUUUGGUUGAUUGAUGAAGCUAUUUCUACAGUCAACGCUGGCUAAAAGGGGAAGUAUCAAGGUUUUAAAAUGAUUCUCUGACAACCGACCUCUCCUGUCAUAUUUGACUGAGAGAAGAAGAGAUGUUCAUUUUUCUCAUUUACAUCCAUGCAGGGAAUGCUUAUCACUAAGUCUCUCGAGAGCGUUUUUCUAAAAAGUGUCCUGACUCUCGACCGUAUCCAGCGUAGUGGAACAAAGUUAAUUAAAGCAUCGUACAGAUGCAUUUGGGUUGCUUUAGCAGUUUAAAAAGUGUUUUAGUAAAUAUGUUAGUGCCUUUAUUUAUGAUGAAUUAUUCAACGUUGGAACAUCUAUAUAUAUAAUGCACCUCUUGUGGAAAUUAAAAUACAAUCUGUAAAAUGCAAUGUUAACAUCUGUAACUAAACUGAAACUACAAUCUCUGUUUCCAAAGACAAACAAAGUCAGAUGGAAUAAUUUCAGUGAGAAUGAAGUGGCAUGAAAAUGCACAUAGAAGACAAUUCAUUGACAAAUCCACUAUCAGCAAAUAGCAGGAUUGUAUUCAUUAGGGCUACUGCCCACUGAUGUGAAUGCUGUGGUAUUUGAAGAACCAUGCACACAAUUUGUUUUGGCUUACUUAGAUAAACUAGAAAGAAGAAAAUAAGGAUCCACCAUGUGACACCAACACCGUUUUUAAAUUCUUUGUAAGGCACUAAAUGAUCUUAUGCUGACUGAAAAACAUCAGUCAGAAGCCAUGUCAUCAUGAGUGCUUUAGCAGUAGAGUCAGCCUAAGGUGCUAAGCAAACCAUAAAGUAAUGCUGUACUAAUGCUAAUUGCAAAAGCCACCUGCAUUUUCAUAAUGGUAUAAUUGCUGUAACUUUUUAUAUAAAGAAAGGAGAAAAGACUAUAAAAGUGGUUAGAAGGCGCUUGUUGGAGUGGUGGUUGGAUUCAAAAUCACACUGAAAGAGAAAUAUGGAGCUCCUCUUCCAUAAAGGCCUUUACUAUAACAUACAGUGAUAUUUGAAAAACUGCAGGCACUUUUAUGCAUCAUACUCUACAAGGAAAGUGUGUAAUUGUGCCUUCUUGCUGUUAAAUAUCAUUGUUUUUAUGCUGUUUAUAGGAUGGUAUUUUUUUUAAAAAGAGGAGUGCUUUACUUUCCUUUCAGAAGGACGUUUUGGUUUAUUGAAAGUUUCACUUCUGAUGUUUGUGUUGCUGUGGGUCCUCAUAGCAGAGCUCCGUAGAGAAUGAGCUGAAUGAAUGAAGACACUGGGUUUGUUUCGGUGAAAGACGUUCUAGGCCUGCAUGAUAGAGGGGACAGAAGUCAUGGACUUUGGCUGUGUAUGAACGGGCAGGGUAACACACUAAAGGGACAGUGUGAUUACUAUCAAUUCACAAUGAAUUUCCCUGUUAGGACCUUCAGGACGAUAUUUACAUUUAUAAGAAAUUAGCGAGAUAGUACUUCCUUACUGAUAGCAAAGCUGCUGAGUGGAGAAAAAACAAUAUCCAUGAUCCAUAUUAAGUAAAAAAAAAUAAAAAAAAAAAGAUUUAAAUUCUAUUGAAGAAAUCACCACUUUUUACCAAGUAUGUGGUUUUGGAAUGUGAUUAAUAUUGGAUUAGUAGGACAGAUGUUGAAAAGUCCUGCAACUUCCUUUAAAGAGUUUUAAUUAAAACAAAACUAACUGUAUUAACAAUAAUAUUUGUAAUUUGCAUACCAACAUAUUGUCCCAGUAUACAUACAUACAUACCCAUUGUCCUGUUUUUUGUUGAGAGAUUAAUUCUACAAUUAAUUACGUAUAUCACAUCUGUGAAAUCAUAAACUGAUGCCAACUUCACACUGAACAUAUUGCUCCAUGUAAAAAUCCUGCAUUUAAAAAGAAACAACAGACAGAUGUGGAAAAAGACCUAAAAUAUACAAAAGAUUCUAUAUUGAAAUUUGUAGAUAUAAUAGGUCUAUAAUUACUACUGUAAAAUAAGAAAUUGCAUAUUUUAUUAAAAUUGGUUAAUAAUAUGCAUGCUGGUACAGAAAUUAAUAUGAAAUAUAUCCCCAUUUUUUUAUUUCAAUAUGGGAAUUAUUUUUCUGUAGAUACUGCUGUGACUGUGUUCACAGAGCCAGGAUAUAUUUUUCAAGUUAAAAGUGACGUCUCCCUCAGAGCACAGCAGAGGUCCGAGUCACCUCCGAAAUUCUUUAGGGAAACCACAUCGAAAAUGAUCAAAAUAACUGAACCUGAAGCACUGAAAUGUAAAUUAUUCUGUAUAUAGUGAAGGUUCAGUUAUGGUUCAUUUUUUUCUAUGUUUUGGCUGAAUGUAGAGAGAAUGAAUACCAUGAAAACUUGAGUACACCGAUUUAGAGGGAAAAACCCUGAAAACUCAAAGUCACAAUAGAGCUCUUCAAACAAAGCGGCGGUGGUGGGGAAAUUGUAGCUUUGUGUGACUGUGCCGUUCUUUCAUCACCCAAGGGCUUUAAUGAGACUUAAAUGAAGUGAGGACAGUGUGAGACAUCUAAACAAGGCUGAGGGUGAGAGUCACAUCCACCCCGACAUUAGAACUACUGUAUACCUCUUUAUGUGCCACUGAGAAAUGUGUCCGUGUACAUAGUGUAUAGCGAAAGAUAAUUAUUUGCAUGGUAUAAACAUUUGAAUGCUACUGACAAAACCGGGGUAAUUUGCCACUACGGGAGCAAACAUGCUGCAGCUGUUAUGUGCGAGAAAAGUGUGGCAACAGUGAUGUGUUUAAUCCCAAACUUCUCAGCAAAAAGCCAAUGAAAAAGCCUGAAAGAUCAAAGUAAGUAGUAAUGCUUUUAAACUGACUAUAAAAAGCAGUGCACAGGACAAAAAAAAGAAUGGACAACCAGUUCAGUAAACCACCUCCUAUACCGGCAGACGUAAUCCUAACGCUACGCUAAAUCUGACUAGAUUCUAUUUGAUUUACAGCGAGACUUAUCAUUCAAAUUUUAAAAUCGUUUGACCCUCAAGACACAGUGGCAUUGAGAUGCAAUAAAAGCACAUGCCGUGUAGUUAGACAAGUGCCGUGGAUCUAAACAUCCAGAAUAGUUUCCAGAUGAUUUGGUUCUUAGGGCCAGGUAGAUUAGCUCUUUACUACUUCCGUGACGUCUAUCGAUUGAUAUUUUUUAUAGUCCAUGUUAGCUACGAACCGUCGUCUGAAGUAAAAAGAAAAGAGUCGAUUUAAUGCUAUAUUUGUCAAAUUGCAGUCUGGCUUGUGUUAAGUGCAGUACAUAGAUGUAAAUUUUAGAAUAUGAUUGAUUCUUUGUGAAAUACCUUAGCUCAGACUUUCCAUGAAUUAUAAAGACAGUAGCUCUGCAUUCACAUAUAUAACAUUUGCCCCUGAUAGUGCUUCACAUUUUCAGAUAUCAUAAAGCUGAGAAGAAGUCAUUUUUGUGGUGUCUGAAAAAAAAAGCAUCACACUUUUUCUUUUUUUUUUUUUUUAAAUCACAUUAAAAAUUUGUAAAGAAAAUCUCAGUACUGUAUCCCUCUGGACUCUCGGGCUGAGGAGAAGGAAGAGUCUGACGUCCUUCUCUGACUUUACCAUGCAUUAAGAGAGACUUAUCACCGUAUUGUUGACGUGUUGAAGAGGCUUUUAUCUCAUGCCAAGAGUGGAGAAUCUCUGGUGCUAACACAUGCCGCACAAGUACAAAAAAAAGUUUGUUGUUAUUUACUAUCGUUGUUGUUUGAAAUGCACCUUUCUGCCCC